UUUUCACUCAUGUUUUGAACACGAUAAAAUUAAGUUUAAUAUGAACUUUAGCGACGAUCCUCUUGCUGAUUUACUGAGUGAUAAUAGUUUGGACAAUGACAACUUCUUCGACGGUGGCAGUGCAAAGAAGCUACCCAAAUCCAGCAGACCAAAAGGAAAACUGGAAGACCUCUUUGGCAUAAAAGAGGAAACUGAAGCUGACGUACAGAGUCCUUCUGCAGCUGGAAAGAUAGCCACAAAACCAAGUGCCAGCAGCACACCGCGUAUUGUCAAACAGAAGCCAUCAAUUUCCAUGGACGAUGCCGAUGAUGAUGACCUGGGAUUCGAUCCGAAACGGCCGAAGAGCGGGGCAAGAAGAAACCUAUUGGACGAUUUACUCGUGGCUGCAGAGCCAAAGAGGAACAUUUUCGAUGAUAUAGUAAGCGGUGGAGAUGCGACAAAACGACCUGCAACUGCGAAGCCAUCAAUGUCCCGUCAAUCGACGGACACCACGACGGACACCUCGAAUAUGCACUCCCAGACCCGACCCAAAACCUCUGGAGGACCCGGAAGACGGAGUUCCGCCUCUGCGCAAUCGACCAAUCUCAAUGCGGAUCCCUUAGGUCUCUUUGGCAGAGACAAGGAGACAAACGCAACCGUUUCGGGCAUGUCUACGCCCGUGUCCAAGAAGCGUGGCACAGCCGACUGGCUGGGAUUGGGCGUGGAGACAUCCGCAGCGGUUGAGGUGGAGCCGGAGAUAGAGCCGGAGCGUCCUGCCACACCACGUACACCUGUUCCGGCUAGAGAAUCCACAGUAACUCAUCCACCGAAGGCUGCCACCGAUAUUCUCCGCUUGCCGGACUCUGAUGAGACUGAGCUGGAACCACAGCAGACGAGGAUGAGGCCAGUGACAGACAACACUGCUCAACAGAUUCUGAUGCUGAACAGCAUGAAUAUGGAGAGCAGUCACAACUAUAGUGCUCUGCAGCAGCAGGAAACUCAACUGGUGAUUGCUGCCCAAAUGAAGAGCCAGGAACGGGCUUUGGUGGAAAUGCAGCGCAAACAGGAUUCGCAGGAUCAGAAAUUUCAGGCACUAUUACAGCAACAACUGCAGCGUCAACUGCAAAUGGAGGAGCACAUAAAGGCGCAGCAGGAACGCAUCAAUAUGCAUCUGCAGCUGAUGAUGACGCAACCCGUCAUGGGAAAUGAAGCAGGAACAGAAUUCUCACCAGCCCCAGCAGCAGUUGCUGUCGUGGAAAAGGCGCAGGAAUCAGCUAGAGACGAGAGCAGGGAACAGCUGCUGCAGCUGGAGACGGAUGUGAAGCGAAACUUGCUCGAGAAACUGCGUCUGGAGGAGCUGGUGACCAACAUGAAGGUCAACUACGAACAGGAAAUCGAAAUGAUUGAAAACUCAUACAAAAAACAGCUCAAGGUAUUGGAGCAUCAUUUGGCGGCAGUGGAGGAGCGUCUGAAGCUGGAGAACUCCGAGCUGAGAGAGUAUUAUACGAGCAAGCUGGAGAAACUGAAAGGAGAUUACGAUCUGCAGAUAUCCACACUAAAACAGGAUCAUGAGGAUGAUCUUCGCAUGCUGCGCAGUUCUCAUGAGGCGGACAUGGAGCGCAUAAGGCAAGCCAAAAUGCUGGAGCAGGCAGCUGUGCGGGAUCAUGGCAGCUACUUGGAGACGCUGCGAAUGGCGUCCAGUGAUCUGCAGGAGCUGCGAGAGGGCAUGAACACAACCAGAGAGCGGGAACAGCAGCUGGAAGCGCGAGAGCGACGACUAGCAGACUCCGAGAGACGUCUAAAGAUUGACGAGGAGAAUGCUAAUGAGGAGAAGCGACGCCUCAUGGAACUGGUUAGCACGCUGGAGUUGCAGCUGGGUCGGCUAUCCAAGGAUUCGGCUGAGGAUAAUUGGCAGCUACGGCAGCGCAUGGCCAGCCUGGAGGCUGAGAAGAAGGCAUUCGAGCAGGAGAAGAUCUUCCAUCGCGACCAAAUGGAGCGGGAUGAGAAGCGAAUCGAGGAACUCAAAAUUAUGCAACUUUCAGAAAUGGAACGCCUGCAGUUGGAUGUACAGCAGGAGCGCAACCGUCUUCUGAUUGAGCAACAGAAGCUGGAGAUGCAGCACAAACUCCAUGAGCAGGGAGAUACGGACAAGGAGCGUUUGGAGUUGGAGGCACAACUUCAGGUGGCACGUGAUGCCAUUAAACGGGCGGAUGAGCAGCGAGAUCGUUGCCACAAGCAACAACGGGAAUUGGAGCAACGCAAGCGUGCUCUGCUGGACAAAGAGAAUGCUCUCAGUGUGAAGGAGGACGAGGUGGUGCAGGCAUCCAGUGCUUAUCGUCUUGCCAUCAACCGUUCCCAUAUGGCCGAAAACAAAGCCCGGGAAGCGGAGCAACUGUUGCACGCCAAGCUGCAGCUCCUGGGCAAACGUGCCCACGAGCUGAGCGAGAAGGAGGCCCAAAUGUCGCAGGAACGUAUGCUACUUGCCCAGGAUCGUAUUGCCCUGCACAAGAUGAAGGAACAGAUUGGCCAGAGCAAGUGCGCCCUUUGCAAAAUGGGCGUUGAGAAUGUGGAAUUUUCACAGCGUAUGGCUGCUCACAGCAAAGGCAAUCUUACAACGGAUGCACUGCAGCAGACCGGAAACGCAUCUGCCGGUCCACAAGUAUUGCCCGCUAGCGAUAUUGUGGAUCGUAUGCUGGAUGAAAACAUCGAUGCCUCCUAUCGUCGAAUGUACAAUCUAUCGGGAAAUGCGGAUUUGGAUUAUUGGACAACAGUUGGACUUGAUGAUGACUCCAAGAAAAUGGCAUUACAUACUGGCAAUGCAUUGGACAUUGAAGACUUAGUGUUGGCAAAUCUUAAUUUAAACUGAGAAACAAAUAAUAAAAUAAAAUAUAAUUUUCAAA